AUGCCCCAGAAGACAGCGGUCCCCUUCCCCCUGAGCCACAGGCUCUCCAUGAAGGAAGUGUUUGACUGUGAGGGGAAGCCUAGAGUAGACCUGCUAAAAGCCCACCUCACCAAGGAGGGCCGUCUGGAGGAGGUGGUGGCCCUACGCAUCAUCAAUGAGGGAGCUGCCAUCCUGUGCCAGGAGAGGACCAUGCUGGAUAUAGAAGCCCCAGUCACAGUGUGUGGAGACAUCCACGGUCAGUUCUUUGACCUGAUGAAGCUGUUUGAGGUCGGCGGUUCCCCCGCGACGACACGCUACCUCUUCCUAGGGGACUACGUGGACCGGGGCUACUUCAGUAUUGAGUGUGUGUUGUAUCUGUGGUCGUUGAAAAUCCUCUACCCGAAGACGUUAUUUCUUCUACGGGGAAACCAUGAAUGUAGACACCUGACAGAAUAUUUCACUUUCAAAACUGAAUGUAAGAUAAAGUACUCCGAGCAGGUGUAUGACUCGUGUAUGGAUGCGUUUGACUGCCUGCCGCUGGCUGCUCUGAUGAACCAGCAGUUCCUGUGUGUCCAUGGAGGGCUCUCGCCAGAGAUCCACACGCUCGACGACAUCAAAAAGUUGGACAGGUUCAAGGAGCCUCCAGCUUUCGGGCCCAUGUGUGACCUGCUGUGGGCCGACCCACUCGAAGACUUUGGCAACGAGAAGACGCAAGAGUACUUUGGCCACAACACAGUCAGAGGCUGCUCCUACUUCUACAGUUACCCUGCAGUGUGUGAGUUUCUACAGACCAACAACUUGUUGUCAGUCAUCAGAGCACAUGAAGCGCAAGAUUCUGGGUACCGGAUGUACAGAAAGAGUCAGACUACAGGCUUUCCCUCCCUCAUCACCAUCUUCUCAGCACCUAACUACCUGGACGUCUACAACAACAAAGCGGCGGUUCUGAAGUAUGAGAACAACGUGAUGAACAUCCGCCAGUUCAACUGUUCCCCUCAUCCCUACUGGCUGCCCAACUUCAUGGAUGUCUUCACCUGGUCCCUGCCCUUUGUUGGAGAGAAAGUGACAGAGAUGCUGGUGAAUGUUCUCAGUAUCUGUUCAGAUGAUGAGCUCAUGGAGAAUGAUGGAGAGGAAGAGGUCUAUGAUGCCAAUGCAGCGGCAGCUAGGAAAGAGGUGAUCAGGAACAAGAUCCGUGCCAUCGGGAAGAUGGCCAAAAUGUUCCAAGUUUUACGGGAGGAGAGUGAGAACGUAUUGACCCUGAAGGGACUGACACCCACUGGCAUGCUGCCCAGCGGAGUUCUAUCAGGAGGCAAGCAGACUCUGCAGAGCGCUACCAUUGAGGCCAUUGAAGCCAUUGAUCCUGUUGAGGACGCAGAAGCAAUCCGAGGCUUCUCUCCUCAACAUAAGAUCAAUAGCUUUGCGGAGGCCAAGGGUCUGGACCGGAUCAACGAGCGCAUGCCCCCCCGCCGUGACGCCGUCAACAGUGUUGGUGUAUCCAUGGGCCGCAUGAACAUGGGGGAGCCCAACGGCACCGACAACAACAGCAAUAUACAGGGAUGA